AUGGCCUCGCUCGACAAGCUCGCCAUUCGCGGCGUCCGUUCCUUUGACGACAAGUCGAUCAACAUCAUCCAAUUCUUCCAGCCGCUGACUGUUAUCGUCGGCUACAACGGCAGCGGCAAGACCACGAUCAUCGAAUGCCUCAAGUAUGCCACCACCGGCGACCUUCCACCCAACACCAAGGGCGGUGCCUUUGUGCACGACCCGCAAAUGGCCACCUCCAACGAAGUCAAGGCCCAGGUGCGUCUGCGCUUCUAUGCCGCCAACAAGGUCCGCAUGAAUUGCGUCCGCAACCUUCAGGUCUCGCGCAAAAAGGGCGGCGGCCUCACCAUGAAGACGCUCGAGGGCCUGCUCCAGAUCGCCGACGACGACGCCAAGACCGGCAAGCGCGGCACUCUCUCCACAAAGUGCUCCGAGCUCGACGAGGAGAUCCCCAGACUGCUCGGCGUCUCCAGGUCCAUCCUCGAAAACGUCAUCUUCUGCCACCAGGAAGACAGCAAUUGGCCCCUCGCCGAGCCAGCGAGCUUGAAGAAGAAGUUCGACGAUAUCUUCGAAGCGACGCGCUAUACCAAAGCGCUUGACAAUAUCAAGAGCCUCCGCAAGGACCGCACCAACCAGCUCAAGGUCGACAAGGCAGCGCUCGAGGGGCUCAAAGUGGACAAGGAUCGCGCAGACAACAUCAAGAGCAAACUCACCCACCUUCAGGCCGACCUCGCGCAGAAAGAGGCCAAACUCGAGGACCUCAACGAAGAGAUCCGCAUCAAGACCGUCCAAAACUCCAAAUUCUACGACGAAGCCACUCGGUUCCGCGAGAUCGUCAGCCGUGCCGAGACACUCGAAGAGAAGGAGAGGCUCCACAAGGAGAACAUGGAGGCGCUCAAAGCCACCAUGACGCCCAUCAAGGACAGCGACGAAGACUUGCAGAAGCGCAAGCAGACCUUCCGCGCACAGCUCGAUCAGAGCCAUGCCAAGAUCAGCACGCUCCAGACGCGCAUCGCCAAGAGGGAGGACGAGCUGGAGACGCACGAGCAGCGUCAUCGCAAGAAGCUCUCGGACAAGGGCGGUCUCGAGGCCGAAAAGCGCGCCCACGUCCAAGCAAAAGAGAAGCGCGAGACCGCCGUCAAGAAGAUCAGCACCGAGCUCGGCAUCAAGGGCUUUGCAGGCGACGGUCUGAGCGAUGCACAGAUCCGGUCCUUCGAAGACCGUGUCAAGGAGGACGUGCGCAAGCUCGACGACGAACUCGGGCGUCUACGUGAAGCAAACGCCCAGAAGGACGAUCAGCUCACCACUGCAUGGCAAAAUGCUCGCGCCGAGCUGCGCGCCAAGCAGAACGCGCGAGAGCAGCUCGUCGACAAUGUGCGCAAGCUGCGCGAAAAGAUCAAGCGUGCACAGGAGGAGCUGGACGGCUAUGCGCUCAGCGAUGCCGACGUCGAAGCUGCGACGCGCGAACGAGAGAACCUGGCCGCCAAGGUGACCGCAGCGCAGAAGGAGUUCACAGAUGCCAACUACGACGAACAGAUCCGUCGCAAGAACGCAGAGAUCCGCGAGAAGGACGAUCUGCGAGAAGAGCGCACCGCCGAGAUCAACCUGCUCAAUCGACAUGCCGAGCUGCGAGCUUCUCUCGCCCUCAAGAUGCAGCAAGCAGGCUCGCGCCGCACCAACGCGCAAGGUCUUUUCGACCGCCACAAGGCCUCGAUCUCUCAGCACGUCUCCUCGAACGUCGAGCUCUCGUCCGUCGAGAACGAGCUGACCCGGGCGCUGUCAAAGCUCGAGAAGCAGGCUUCCGAAGUCGAGGCGAAGAACGUCGUAAAGAACCGACAGCUUCAGGAGGUCGAGUCGACCAUCUCGUUCGCUCGCAAACAGCUCAAGAGCAAAGAAGCGGCGGCGAACGAGCUGCAGCAGGCCAUCACUGCGAUCCUGUCGCCCGACUUUGACAGCGCCGAGGAAGCGGUCAAGGUCUGCGCAGAGGAGAUCGCAGCCGCCAAGGACGAGUAUGCAUCGAUCGACUCGCUCGAUUCCUUCUUGAGACGUGUCCUGCGCGAAGCAAAGGGCAAGGGUCACUGCUUUGCCUGCAAUCGCGGCGUCACUCCGGGCGAGUACGAAGCUAUCGAAAAGCACGUCUCCUCCACCCUCAGCACGAGCAACACAACCGAAAAGAAGAAGACGCUCAAAGCCGACAUCGAUGGCUGGACCGAGAGGAGCGCCGAAUGCCAGACCGCCCUUGCCAAAGAUGCCCAGCUCAAGGCCAUCCGCGACAACGAAAUGUUGGACCUGCGAAAGACGCUGGAUGCCAAAGAAGCCGAACUGAAGCAGGUCGCUGCGGCCGCGGAGGAAGCCUCCGCCGAAGUGUCCAAGAUCCAGUCCCAGCUCAAGGAGCUGCAAUCGCUGAGACGGGUCGGCUCCGACAUUGCCCGGCUUCUGUCGGAAGCCGGCGACCUGGAAUCCGAGGUGCGCGGCUUGCAAAGUGAUCUCGCCACCACCGGCUCGACGCAGACGGGCGAACAGGUGCAAGCCGAGAUCGACGAGCUCGCCUCGUCCAUCCGAGUGCUCAAGCGAGAGCUCAACGUCUUGCAACAAGACCGCGAGACCAAGCGCACGCUGAUCAACAGCCUCGAGCGAGACGCACACCGAGCCGAGGUGGCUGUCAUCACCAAACAGCAGGAGCAGGCCAAGAAGACUGCCGUGCAGACGCACCUCGGCGAGAUGAGCGCGGACUUUGACGAGCAUCAGAAACGCAUCAAAAGCCUCGAAGCCGAGAUCGAGACAUCCAACGCACCGAUCCGUCGCGCCAAGGAAGAGUUGGAGACUUUCAAGGCGGAGGCUGGUGAAGCGGAGAACAAGCUCAAGAAGCGAGCAGACGAGCUCGAAGGCUGGGCCAAGCAGAUCCGAGAACUCAACGCCGCUGUCAACGCCUACCUCCAACAGCGCGGUGACAAGCGCCUCGAGGAGUGCGAGGAAGCCAUCAACACGCUCGUCGAGCAGAUCCAAGCCAUUCACCGUGAUGUCAAGGAGCUCACGGACAAAGCCGCCGAGCUGCAGAAGGAGCUCAACCAGUCGCAGGCCACCGAGCGCAACAUCCUCGACAACAUUCGCUACCGGCAGCUGGCCAAGGAUGUAGCGCAGAUCGAGGAGGAGAUCAACUCGCUCGACCUCGAGCAGGCGCAGCGCAGCCGCAAGCACUUUGCAGACAAGUACACCGAAGCCAAAGAGGAGGAGAACAAGCUCAACGGUGAAGCAUCGCAUCUCAGCGGAGAGCUUGCAUCUCUGCGCUCGCAGAUCAAGGGACGCGAGGCAGAGCUGCGAGACGAGUUCAAAGGCGUGCAUCAGAACUACAAGCGCAAGCUGAUCGAGGUCAAGACGUCCGAGAUGGCGAACAACGACCUGGAGAAGUACGCCAAGGCGCUCGAAAACGCCAUCAUGCGAUACCACGCCAUCAAGAUGGAGGAGAUCAACGACAUUGUCCGGUACCUCUGGCAGAAGACGUACCAGGGGACCGACAUCGACACGAUCCUCAUCAAAUCGGACAACGAGGGCGCGCGCGGCAACCGGUCGUACAACUACCGCGUGUGCAUGGUCAAGGAUACGGUGGAGAUGGACAUGCGCGGACGCUGCUCGGCGGGACAGAAGGUGCUUGCGUCGAUCAUCAUCCGGCUGGCGCUGGCCGAGUCGUUUGGCAGCAACUGCGGCAUCCUGGCGCUGGACGAGCCGACGACGAAUCUCGACAAGGACAACAUCGAGGCGUUGGCGAGAAGUCUGGCCGACCUGAUCAAGGAACGCGCCGAGAACAGCCAGCUGCAGCUCAUUGUCAUCACGCACGACGAGGACUUCUUGACCUUGCUCGGCCAGAACGACGUGCUCGAGUACUACUGGAGGGUCAGCCGCGACGUGCACCAAAAGAGCAUCAUCGAACGCGAGCGCAUUCGCAACACGUGA